AUGUUUCGCGGGGGUGUAAUCAAACGCAACUCUCUUCUUACUGUUUUAAAAGAAUCUCCAGAAGAGCAAAUUCCAAUGUGCUCACCUCCUAAAAGAAUUAAAACUGGCACUGAUGCACUGGACCUAAGUCAAAAACCUAGCGAUACGCCUAAGAAAGCGUUUGAUGUCAUCGUGCUAAGUGAAGAUGAUGAUGAGAAGGCAACUCCUGUUGGGUCUGAUACGGAAAAGGAGAAUGCUCCUGGUGAAACCAAUGGAACCGAUUGGAAAUCUGUAGUAAUAUCAUUAGAAAAUGAACUAAGGCAGGAGGAAGCAGUUCUCUCCCUACUGCAUAAGCUAAAAGACAGUCAAAAUCCAAAUAAUUCCAACAACUCUUCGACAACACUUAAACAGAGUCCCAAUUCACAGUCGACUGCACUCCCCAAUCACAAUGUUGCUACCAGUACUCCAAAAACAACUCCGGCCACGCAGACCCCACAGCGUCCUCCUUCUGCCUCGCAGACACCGAAGGUUGUCCAGGCGUCAGCUCCACAAUCGAGUUCUCCACUUUCGACCCCCCAAAUUUCAAGGCAGCAAGCCGUGCAGGCAUUAGAACAGACGUGUCUUUCUAAGAAAGCAGCACUUCGUAAACAAUUGGAUCGUAAUCUUGAGAAAGUUAAUCUUCCUCGUCCACCGCCGGGGUCCGGUUUAUCUGAAGUUUCUUUCAUUCCGAGCACAGCUCCGGGAGAUUUUACUUCCCUCUUGGGUUUGGAAGAAGUUGUCAAGGCGAUACAAGACUUCGAUAUAUCAAACAUUGGUAAAGCUUCCGAACCCCUGGCCAAAUUUAAACCCUUCUUAUGUGUAAAAUGUGGAACAGACUACACCCCAGUUUGGAAACGCGAGAAACCAGACUCAACGAAUGUUGUCUGUGAGGGUUGUAUUGGUAAUUCACAAAGAAUGUCCCUCAAAAAUGAAUAUGAUGAUGCUGUGGAUAAUAUAAUGCAACAGCACUGCGCUGCCGAACGCGAAAUUGAUAAGGAAUAUCAAGAUAUAGUUUCUGAUCCUGCCAAGUUAGAUGCCUACAUCAAAGAACAAGAGAAAAAGCUCCUAACUACUCAACAGCUACAAAUUGCUCAACAGGCUGCCUAUAAUCAACGAUUUGGUACGAAGACAUCAACAACGGCGACCCCAUCAGGACUUCAUCAAUCGCCCUCCACGAUUAUUGGUGGAACAAGCGUAGCUGCGGCAGCCCAUCAGCGUUCACGAGUCGCCACUGCAGCUGCAGCAACAGGAGGAAAUGUUGUAGCCGCCGCAGCUGCUACUCAAAUGGCUCUUCAAUACGCCAAAGCCAUGAAUGUCCAGGGAGCCAAUUCCGCCAAUGCCGCCCUCAUGAUGUCUGCUCUGGCCAAUUCGCAGGCUGCUCAAGCACAACAGCAGCAAGUGGCGGCUGCACUCCAACAGCAACAACAACGUCUUCUUGCUGCCCAACUCCUUCAGAGCCUUCAACACGCAACCCAACAGCAACAUCAGCAAGUUGUUGCUCCUGCAACUGCUGAACAAAAUGCUGCCGCUGCGGGUACUCUCAAUCAACUCCAGGCCCUUCUUGUUAGCAACAUUCUCGGAGGAGCUGGAGGUGUACAGAAUGCGUCAGCCCGAACCCAACUCUUUCAGACCAUGCAGUACUUGCUUAUGCAGCAUCAACAACAGCAGCAUCAAGCUCAGCAGGCUGCCGCAGCUCAAGCAGCUGCUGCGCAACAAAACGUUGCGCUCCAACACCUUUUCGCCCAAAUCCAAAGUAAUCCCAGCUACGCGAACUUCUUCCAGCAGUUGUGGCCUGGUGGUGGUGGUGGGGCUGCAGCCAAUAACAGCAAUCAAUCUGGAGCCAAUAAGAAGUAG